CAUAAAAUAAUACAUUUUCAAUCUUCAAUAUAUACUCAAAUUUAUUUUACAUUUCUUGUAUAUUCAAAGAACUUUACCCCCUAUGCAAGUGGAAGUUCAUUAGCUUUAGUUACUUCACAUCAAUGGGUCAUCAAACUCAACAUAUAUUUAAACCCAACAGAUUAGUUUGGGUUGUGAUAGUUGUUAUAAUGAUGCAGUUGUUUGAUUUUCUAUAUGGUGGUGUAACAUUUUCCUUAUUUUCUACCCGUAGCCAUCAAGUGCCGCGAAGUUCACUGGCUUCUUUAGCGCUACCAAUGACAGUCGACGCUAAUAGUACUACCGUAAGAUCUCCCUCAAUGUCGUUUGAUAACAACACAUUUCAAUCAGCUGCUUCGUUAGCGGAAGACUCUUUUGUGUUGGCAAAUAACUCAUCUGUGAACAAGGUUCCACCGGUGAUAAAGAGUGGUAAGAGGCCUUUUGUGGACAUAGUGACAAUCGCAGAGAUGCAUGAUGUAUUGCAACAUAAUCGUGCUUCGGUUAGUUCAAUGAAACCGAGAUGGUCUUCAACAGUUGAUCAAGAGUUACUAGAUGCAAAAGUGCUGAUUGAGAAUGCUCCGGUCUAUGACGAUGAUCACACGCUUUAUCAUCUUUAUCAUAACAUUUCAAGGUUUAAGAGAAGCUACGAAUUAAUGGAAAAGACUCUUAAGGUUUACAUAUACAAAGAAGGAGAUAAACCGAUAUUCCACCAGCCGGAGGCUAUGCUAACAGGAGUUUAUGCAUCCGAGGGAUGGUUCAUGAAGAAUAUCAAAGAAAGCAAACAUUUUGUUACUAGUAACCCCGAAAAAGCCCAUCUGUUUUACAUUCCUUUUAGCUCUCGAGUAUUGCAAUUACAACUAUAUGUCCCCGGCUCUCAUAGUAAAAAGAACCUGAUACAAUACUUGAAGAACUACGUUCAUCGCAUCACAACGAGAUAUAAUUUUUGGAAUAGAACAGACGGGUCUGAUCAUUUUCUUGUUGCUUGCCAUGAUUGGGCUACAUACGAAACAAGGAGAUCUAUGGAUAGUUGCAUAAGGGCUUUAUGCAAUUCUGAUGUUAAAGAACAUUUUGAGCUAGGAAAAGACGUACCUCUCCCUGAAACAUUCGUCCAUUCAUCUGAAAACCCGUUGCGUGGACUUGGAGGAAGACCCCCAUCUCGACGUCCGAUUCUUGCUUUCUUCGCAGGCCGAAUGCACGGUGAAGCGAGGUCAAUUCUCUUGCAACACUGGGAAAACAAAGACCCUGACAUGAAAAUCUUUAGAAAGCUUCAAAAAUCUGAAAACAAGAUGAGCUAUGCUAACUACAUGAAGAGUAGCAAAUAUUGUAUAUGUGCUAAAGGUUACGAAGUUAAUAGUCCUAGAGUGGUGGAGGCCAUUUUUUUCGAAUGUGUUCCUGUAAUUAUAUCCGACAAUUUCGUCCCACUUUUCUUUGAGAUCUUGAAUUGGGAGUCGUUCGCGGUCUUUAUCCAGGAGAAGGAUAUUCCAAAUUUGAAGAACAUUCUUCUUUCGAUAUCGAAAAGGAGAUAUCUAGUGAUGUAUCAAAGAGUUAAGAAGGUACAACAUCAUUUUCUAUGGCAUAUUAAGCCUGUGAAGUAUGAUAUUUUCCAUAUGAUAUUGCAUUCAAUAUGGUAUAAUAGGGUUUUUAGAGUAAAUCCUAGUAUUUAGAGUUUGAUAAGGUUAUAUAUCUUUGAACAUCUCUAAUUCUUGUGAACAAAUUUGAUAAGCUGUGGUGUGUAUAAAAUUUUUGUAGGAAAAGCA